CUGAUUGGUCCUUCGGCCUGUCAGUCAGCGAAGGAGGAAACKGACACAACAGAACAUUGCUUCAGACGGCUCAGAGAUGAACUCCUUGGAGCAGGCCGAAGACCUGAAGGCCUUUGAGAGGAGACUGACAGAGUAUGUCUCCUGUCUGCAGCCUGCAACGGGCAGGUGGCGAAUGAUCCUGAUAGUGGUGUCCGUUUGUACGGCCACUGGAGCUUGGAACUGGCUCAUAGAUCCCGACACACAAAAGGUCUCGUUCUUGUCAUCACUGUGGAAUCAUCCUUUCUUCACCAUCAGCUGCAUCACUCUAAUAGCUCUCUUCUUUGCUGGGAUACACAAACGAGUCGUGGCRCCCUCAAUAAUCGCAGCCCGCUGCCGCACAGUUUUAGCAGAGUAUAACAUGUCCUGUGACGAUACGGGGAAACUCAUUCUCAAACCACGACCUAAUAUCCAGUAACUACACUCCAGUGUGCUUUGUUUAGUUGAGUUUUGAUCAUCUUUGACCCCAAGGAUUUUGUCACCUUGACAAAAAUGGACUUUGAAUGGGAUGGAAAAACAAUGAACUGAAAGAGACAAUUUUUAAAAAAAUAAGUGUCGCUGUGUUAAUGUGUUUAUUGAAGCUGCUGGUCCUCUCACAUCAGCUUUGAAUUUUACGCAUUCAAGUGUGAGUGCAGAUGUGUUUAGUUCUGUUUGUGAAGUUAAGCAUGUGUUUUAUCAAAAUGUUUCUAUUUUUAAAGUUAUUUACCAAAUAAACACACCAGGUGUGAACAUG